CGGGCCUGGCGCCGGCGGCGGCGGAGGGGGCGCCGCGGGCGGGCGAUGUGAGCGCGGCGCUCUCCGCAGAUUACGCUUCAUGUCAGUAGAAAUGGACAGCAGCAGUUUUAUUCAGUUUGAUGUGCCCGAGUACAGCAGCACCGUUCUGAGCCAGCUAAACGAACUCCGCCUGCAAGGGAAACUAUGUGACAUCAUUGUCCACAUUCAGGGUCAGCCGUUCCGAGCCCACAAAGCAGUCCUUGCGGCCAGCUCCCCCUAUUUCCGGGACCAUUCAGCAUUAAGUACCAUGAGUGGCUUGUCAAUAUCAGUGAUUAAAAAUCCCAAUGUGUUUGAACAGUUGCUUUCAUUUUGUUACACUGGAAGAAUGUCCUUGCAGCUGAAGGAUGUUGUCAGUUUUCUGACUGCAGCUAGCUUUCUUCAGAUGCAGUGUGUCAUUGACAAGUGCACGCAGAUCCUAGAGAGCAUCCAUUCAAAAAUCAGUGUUGGAGAUGUGGACUCUGUGACCGUCGGUGCGGAAGAAACUCCAGAGAGUCGUAACGGAGUUAAAGACAGCAGCUACUUUGCCAAUCCGGUGGAGAUCUCCCCUCCAUACUGCUCUCAGGUACGGCAGCCUACCACAAGCAGUGAUCUUCGGAUGGAGACGACACCCAGCAAAGCUUUGCGCAGCCGUUUACAGGAGGAAGGGCACUCGGACCGAGGGAGCAGCGGGAGCGUCUCUGAGUACGAGAUUCAGAUCGAGGGGGACCAUGAGCAAGGGGACCUGCUGGGGAGGGAGAGCCAGAUCACUGAGGUGAAAGUGAAGAUGGAAAAGUCUGACCGUCCCAGCUGUUCCGACAGCUCCUCCCUGGGAGACGAUGGGUACCACACCGAGAUGGUUGAUGGGGAACAAGUUGUGGCCGUGAAUGUGGGCUCCUAUGGUUCUGUGCUCCAGCACGCCUACUCCUACUCCCAGGCAGCUUCACAGCCAGCCGGCGUAUCUGAAGCUUUUGGAAGUUUGAGUAAUUCCAGCCCAUCCAGAUCCAUGCUGAGCUGUUUCCGAGGAGGUCGUGCCCGCCAGAAGCGGGCUCUGUCUGUCCAUCUGCACAGUGAUCUGCAGGGCUUGGUGCAGGGUUCCGACAGUGAAGCUAUGAUGAAUAACCCCGGGUUUGAGAGCAGCCCCCGGGAGAGGAGUGCAAGAGGUCACUGGUACCCGUACAAUGAGAGGUUGAUCUGUAUUUACUGUGGAAAGUCCUUCAACCAGAAGGGAAGCCUUGACAGGCACAUGCGACUCCAUAUGGGAAUCACCCCCUUUGUGUGCAAGUUCUGCGGGAAGAAGUACACGCGGAAGGACCAGCUGGAGUACCACAUCCGGGGCCAUACCGACGAUAAACCAUUCCGCUGUGAGAUCUGCGGGAAGUGCUUUCCAUUCCAAGGUACCCUCAACCAGCACCUGCGGAAAAACCACCCUGGCAUAGCUGAGGUCAGGAGUCGCAUCGAGUCCCCUGAGAGAACAGAUGUGUAUGUGGAACAGAAACUAGAAAACGAUGCGUCGGCCUCAGAGAUGGCCCUAGAUUCCCGGAUGGAAAUUCACACGGUGUCUGAUGCUCCUGAUUAAGAUGGUAAAGAAGUGCACCCACACAAAGCACAUUAAUCAAUGCCUAUUUGUGAUUUGCUUUGUUGUAAUCUUUGGUUUUCCCAACCAUCUGGAAAUCUCUUGGUCUCUUGGCAGUUUUUCUAAGGUUUCUGGAAGGAACACUUCAUUGUGUUUAUCCUCUCCCCCACCCUCCCUCCCUCAAGGAGCUCAAAGCAUGAAGGGCGGCGUAUCCAGGGAAAACACAGGCUGACAGUAUUCCUCUUUGGCUGAACUCUUCAUCCAAAAUCUGCCAGUGAUUUAGCUAUGCCAACUGGUUGACCCUGCUUUCUCUGCCAAGAGGCAUACUCUCUCAUUGUGUGCACUGGCACCAGCGCAUUUCCGUGGAGGGAGGCUGGGAUGCCGUCAGCUGAUACAAAUGGGUAACCUUUUCUAAUUUAAAAUUACUUUUAGGGGGUAGUUAGACAAUUUUUAUAUAUAUAUAUAUAAUAAAGCAAUUAUUAUAUAUAUAGUAUAUAUACAUUCUCAAAUUUGAUUUUAUUCUGGUUGAGGUGAAUGUAAGAGGAAUAUAUAAUUUAAUACAAUGUGAACAGGGCUUUUGACUCUGUCUCGCCCCUACCUAAUAUGUUAGGGUUUUGCCCCUUUAUUUCCCUUAUAAAAGAAUGUUAAUAGGUUUUCAAAUAUAUUAAUCAUUGUGUCCAAAAGCAAGCAAAGCAAAUCACAGUGUUCAUAGCUCUGCUUCAUAACAAAUACAUAAACCAAAUGCCAUAAAAUGUAUUCAACUCUAGUUGGAAACCAUUUGGAAUUUUUGUUAGUUGUCCAGUAGGUAAGCUGGAUGACCCGUGGUGCUGACCUUUUUACAUACAGUAGUGUUAUAUUAGUCAACCCCAAAGGAGCAGUGGUUUUCAAUGUUUUUACUGGCCUAUGAAUCUACCUUCAUUCCGUACUGUAGAAACAUACAUACCAGGUAACUAAAUCGAAUCACUCUCUACCGUGAGUUAGUACUCGCACUAAAGGAAAGGGAUUUGUAGUUCUGUCUACAAAAUUCUCCAAGCAGUGUUGUGGUUUUUUUUCUUCUUUCUCUUUUCAAACAGCCAGUUCAGGUGCACAGCAACUUUUUCUACAUGCAGUUCCCAGGGAAACUGCAGAACUUGGAAUUUGUACUUUUUGUAAAGAUAUACUCUAUGGGAAUUGCAAGCAAUAUAUCUAUCUUAGUAUUGUGUGAGCUGAUGAGAGCCUCCGUGGCUCCCCCGCUCUCUCAGUGUUUCCUGCUUGAAGAAACCAACAGUUAAAAAGCCCUCUAAGAUACUCUGUGUGUCACCAAAUCUCUGUGUGUCACCAUUUUUUGGUCACGUGGUGCUAUUUUUAUGUUAUGUACCUUUUAGGUCAGUAUAGUUGUAGAAAAUGUGAAAUCUAAUGGUAAAAGUGAAUUAUAAUUUUUUUCCUCUCUUGAGUUUAUAGCUUGAAAAAAGACCUCAAAAGCAUGUGCUGGCAAACACAUUACUGUAUAAAAACAUACCCGAGUCCUAUUUGGAUAAUGUUUUAUUAGUACUUGAGGAAGUGUCUUCAGUUUUAUAUUUUGUUCACCCGUGUGCUUCUAGUAUACAAAACGGGCUUUAUGAGAUUGCCCUGGUACUGUAUACUCCGACAGAGAGUAAUGUUGUAAGCAGUUUGGUGGUGAGUUUGUGCUGCAGGCUGUCGGUAAGAUGUCAGCACUCCAGGCUCUCUGCUUGAGAACCUUGGCCCUGAAACUCACAACUAGUGUGUCUCCACGGGAGAAGAGCACAAACCACCUAAGAGAAAAACAAAAGCGAAAUUCAGACCAACCUCAGAGGCUAGGAGUUAAAGGAAUACAAAAGUAGUUGUUUGCUGGUUUUCCGUGCUUUUUUGGCUCUUAAAAUACCAAGAAUGGAGUU